UCACAGUCUUGCUUUCAGUGUCCCUCUAGGAAUGUGGACUCUCUCAGAUUAACCGUUAAGUUGGCCUUCCUCCCUGAAAACAAAAGGGAAACUCUCCCUCUUCAUCCCUGGCCCUGCAAGAGGAUCCAAGAGUGUAUGGACAGCAGAGCAUGCCGUUUACACGGGAGAAAUACUCACUCUCUCUCUCAUCCCCUCACCGCAAUCAGACGACAUUUCCCUACUGGUCAGAGGUGCCCUUAGAACAGUGUCCACUCUGGAAAAAGAGGUCUAUCAAUCAAACAACAUGUGUAGAGGAAGAGGAGACCAUCAUCUCACUGAAGAAAGCAAGUCAUGUAAUGGAAGGAGGAAAAGGAGUACAAUCCAAACCAGUGCAUUGCCAGGGUGAGAGGGGAAUGUGCACACCCACACAUCAAGGCUCGUUAACUGAAAAGUCAACUUCACCGUCAAAGCCUGAAGUGCACAGCAUGGCACUCUUCUCAGUAAAAAUAAAGGCAAAGCUUGAUAUGGAUGAAGUUUUUGGAUGCCUGGCAGAUGAUGGCUCAAGAGUGGGCAAAUGAGGAAGAGACCCCUACUAGUGGCAAUAGUGAGUGUUGGGCCAAUGACACCCAUGAGCAGAAGAGAAAAGGAAGGACUCGCCAGAAGAUGCUGAGUGAGGACACCACCAGCUCAGAUGCACAGCGCCAGGACUUCAGGCAGUUCUGCUACCAGGAGGUUGAGGCCCCCCUAGAGGUUUGCAGCCGACUCAACAGCCUUUGCCAUCAGUGGCUGGAGCCAGAAAGACACACACAAGCUCAGAUGCUGGACCUGGUGAUCCUGGAGCAGUUCCUGGCCAUCCUACCCCCAGAGAUGGAGAGCUGGGUCAGAGAAGGCGGAGCAGAGACCAGUUCCCAGGCAGUGGCCCUGGCGGAAGGUUUCCUCCUGAGCCAGGCAGAGGCCAAGAGGCAGGAAGAGCAGCAGGCAGUGAAAUGACCCUGAUGCCUCAUUUCAGGACUUCUCCUUCGUGUGGUGGAAGUGAUACGGUUGCUGUGCCAUCUUUGGGUCAGGGAAUAAGAGAGAGAGGAAGAAAGAGGGCAAACUGCAGAGAAGGAAAACUGAAGCCAGUCCCACAAGGAGGGAGCCAUCUAUUGCUUCAGAAGUUGCUGGCUUCAGUGGAAUUCCUGUCCAAGAAGAAUGUCACAAACAGAUUGAGACCCCACUUCAUUUAAAAAUCUUAACUAAGGAAUCCAGCCUUCCUCCACAUCAAAGAAUGACUAAAGAGGAGAAACCACUCAAAUGCUCAGAAUGUGGAAAGUGCUUUUACUGGAAACACUUUACUACACAUCAAAGAAUCCACAUGGGUGUGAGGCCGUAUACAUGCUCAGAAUGCGGAAAGAGCUUCAGAUGUAAUUUACGUCUUUGGUCUCAUUAAAGAAGGCACAUGGGAGAAAAGCCAUAUCAGUGCUCCGAGUGUGGAAAAAACUUCCGUGAUAAAGCAAGCAUCACAAGGCAUCAGAGAAUCCACACAGGGGGGAAACCAUAUCUAUGCUCCGAGUGUGGAAAAAACUUCCGUGAUAAAGCAAGCAUCACAAGGCAUCAGAGAAUCCACACAGGGGGGAAACCAUAUCUAUGCUCCGAGUGUGGAAAAAACUUCCGUGAUAAAGCAAGCAUCACAAGGCAUCAGAGAAUCCACACACUGGAAAAACCAUAUCUAUGCUCCGAGUGUGGAAAAAGCCAGGUGAACCACCUUACUAAGCAUGAAAAAACACAUAAGAGCUUCAGUGCCAGCAUAAGCCUUGCUUAUCAUCAGCUAACCCACACAGGGGAGGGUUCAGAAUGUGGAAAGAGCUUCAGUUGCAGGAGAAUUCUUACUUAUCAUCAAAAUAUCCAUAUAGAGGAGAAGCCAUAUAGAUGCCCAGUGUGUCAAAUAAACUUCAGUGACAGCACAAGGCUUAUGAGACACCUGGGAAUUCACACAGAUAAUAAGAACAUAAGAACAGCCCUGCUGGAUCAGGCCCAAGGCCCAUCUGGUCCAGUAUCCUGUUUCGCACAGUGGCCCACCAGAUGCCGCUGGAAGCCACAGACAGGAGUUGAGGGCAUGCCCUCUCCAUUACUCCCCUGCAACUGGUACUCAGAGGCACCCUGCCCUUGAUGCUGGAGGUGGCCCACAGCCCUCUGACUAGUAGCCAUUGAUAGACCUCUCCUCCAUGAAGUUAUCCAAACCCCUCUUAAAGCCAUCCAGGUUGUUGGCUGUCACCAUGUCCUGUGGCAGAGAGUUCCACAAGUGGAUCACGUGUUGUGUGAAAAAGUACUUCCGUUUGUUUGUCCUAGACCUCCUGGCAAUCAAUUUCAUGGAGUGACCCCUGGUUCUAGUGUUGUGUGAGAGGGAAAAUAAUUUCUCUCUCUCCACUUUCUCCACACCAUGCAUGAUUUUAUAGACCUCUAUCAUGGAGGUCUCCCCACAGUUGUCUUUUUCUAAACUAAAAAGCCCCAGGUGUUGUAGUCUUGCCUCAUAAGAAAGGUGCUCCAGGCCCCUGAUCAUCUUGGUUGCCCUCUUCUGUACCUUCUCCAGUUC